UAACGUUUGUCUAGCCAAAAUGGGUUUUCUGAAACAAAUUGAUGUGGAGAAUUUUAAGUCAUGGCGAGGGAAGCAAGUAAUUGGACCUUUCAAAAGGUUUAAUUGCAUUAUUGGCACAAAUGGAUCCGGAAAGUCAAAUGUGAUGGAUGCCUUGAGCUUCGUGAUGGGUGAGCGGGCUGCGACUCUCCGAGUGAAGCACACCCGAGACCUCAUCUACGGAGCCCACAUCUGCAAGCCCGCGUCCACCACAGCCAGUGUCACCAUGCGGUAUUGCGAAGACAAUGGAGAGGAACUGAACUUCUGCAGGAGCAUCUCAGGGGACUGCUCUCAGUACCGCAUCAACGGGAUACAGAUCACUCUGGCCAGGUACACAGAGGAGCUGGAGAAGAUAGGCAUUGUGACCAAAGCUAGAAACUGUCUGAUAUUUCAGGGGGCAGUGGAGUCCAUUGCCAUGAAGAACCCAAAGGAACGGACCAGGAUGUUUGAGCACAUCAGCCAAUCCCUGGGGCUGUCUGAGGAGUACGACAGGAAGAAGGAAUCUCUACAGAAGGCCAAAGAAGACACGCAUUUCCACUUCAACAAGAAGAGGACCGCCACUGCAGAAAGGAAGCAGGUCUUAGCAGAGAAGGUGGAGGCCCAGAAGUACCAGGCAUUGGUGGAUGACCUGAACCAGGGUCGUCUGCAGCUUAACCUGUUCCAGCUCUACCACAAUCAGCAGGGCCUGAGUGCCCUCUCAGAGACUCUGAGGCAGAGACAGGAGGACGUGUCCAACCAGAAGACAUGCCUGGAGGGGUGGGAGCAGACUGUCAAAACCCAGAAGAAAGAACAUGGACGCCUCAAUAGGGAGUUGCAGCUGAUCGAGAAGGAGAUACGUGGUCAGGAGCAGGCCUUGUCCUUGCGUCGGCCCCAGUACAUCAAAGCCAAGGUGAACACGUCCCACCACCAGAAGAAGGUGGACGAUGUUGGUGUGGCCCUGCUGAAAAGCCAGCGGAUUGAGGCUAAGAAGGAAGAGGAGCUGGCAGAGUUCAGGCAGGACCUCCAGCAGCUGGAGACAGUCUGGAGGGACUAUGAGAGACACGCCCAAGAGGAGGGAGCCCAUCUCAGGGCUGAUAUACAGCUGGAGCAGGAUCAGUUAGACCGCUAUAAUGAGCUAAAGGAGCUGGCCAGGAGGCAGGGGGCUGUUAUGUCCCAGCAGGCUGAGAAGCUUCACUGGGAGGUCAGGGCUGGACAUGAGAAGAUUGAGUUCAACCAGCGGAGGAAGAAAGAAGUGGAGGGAAGCAUUAAGCAGAACCAGACUCAUCUGGAGGACAUUACUAGAAGAGCAAACAAGCUGGAGGAGUACACCAACACCUGCCAGGCCUCCCUUGAGGAGUCUCGUCAGCAGGAGAAGGUGCUGUCUUCAGAGCUGCAGGGGGGGAGAACGAGGGAGGGGCAGGUCAACCAGGAGUUAGGGGAUGUACUGGGGGAGCUGCAGAACGCACGUCUGGACAGCCAUGAAAAUAAGAGGCAGCAGCAGCGGAAAGAGGUCCUGGAAAACCUCAGUAGGCUCUACCCAGAUACACUGUUGGGUCGUCUGGUGGACCUGUGUAGCCCCAUCCAUAAGAAAUACCAGCUGGCCGUCACCAAGGUGUUUGGCCGCUACAUGAACGCGAUUGUGGUGUCAUCGGAGAAGGUGGCCAGAGACUGCAUCCGGUUCAUAAAGGAGGAGCGGGCGGAGCCAGAGACCUUCUUACCAAUCGACUAUCUGGAUGUCAGUCCUCUUAAUGAGCGGCUGCGUGAGGUGCGUGGGGCUAAGAUGGUGGUGGACGUGGUGCAUUGUUCCCCGACUGCCCCCCAACUGAAGAAGGUGAUCCAGUUCGUCUGUGGCAGUGCCCUGGUCUGCGAGACCCUUAAAGAGGCCCGGGUCAUCGCAUACGAUGGACCUGAGAGACUCAAGACAGUAUCUCUGGAUGGUACCAUGUUCUCCAAGUCGGGGGUGAUUUCCGGGGGCUCCAGCCACCUGCGGAGCAAAGCUCUGCGCUGGGAUGAGAAGGACGUGAACAAGCUGAAGGAGCGCAAGGAUCAGCUGACGGCUGAGCUGCGCGUUCUGAUGAAGCUUAAGCGUAAGGAGACAGAGCUGAAGCAGAUUCAGGCACAGGCCCAAGGGGUUCAGACUCGUCUCAAGUAUUCCCAAACUGAUCUGGACUCCAUCUGCAAGAAGAGCAUUCCCAAGUACCACGCGGAGAUCUCUCGUCUUGAGGCGGAGCUGGUCAAUGUGGAGGCCCAGCUGGUUAUGCAGAAGGAGAGGGUGGAGAUGAAGGAGCUGGAGAUGAAGGAACUUCAAGACCGUAUCGACCAGGUCGACGACAUGGUGUUCAGAGACUUCUGUGCUGAGAUCGGUGUGGCCAACAUCAGGGAGUAUGAACAGGAGCAUCUUAGACAGCAGCAGGACCUGGACAGGAAACGGUUGGAGUUUGAGUCCCAGCGGACGCGUCUCAAUGCCCAGGUGGAGUAUGAACAUGACCAGCUGGAACAGCAGAGGAAGAAAACCAGCAAACUACAGGAGACCAUGGCCAAGGAGCAGGGCAGAGUGGAAGAGCAGAAGAAGGAGGAGGAGAAGUUGCUGGUAGCAGUGGAGGAGACCCAGUCCAUUGUGUUGGAGCUGAAGAACCGACUCCGGGAUAAGAAGAGCCAGGUCUCUGACACAAAAGCCCUGAUGGACCAGAAAAUGAAGAGCCUGCAGGAGAGCUCCAAAGAGCUGGUGAAGCAGCAGAGGGAGGUGAUCUCGGCAGAGGCAGCCAUGGAGCAGCUGAGGCUCUGGAGACACAACCUGCUGCUUGGCUGUAAGAUCCAGGGCCUGCCCAUCACCCUGCUGACCGGCAACAUAGAUGACAUCAGUGAGGUGCAGCUUGACUCCGAGUCCAUGACGGAGAGCACCGGGCCCACUAUGGACAUCUACGAGAGAGAGGCUCUGAUGGUCAUCGACUACUCUGGUCUGGGAGAAGAGCUGAAGGAUAUUGCGGUGGAGGAGGUGGAUGCCCAGGUGGAGCGUCUUCAGGAGACCGUCUCAUCCCUGGAGGUGGUCUUACAGUGUUCCACAGCACCAAACCUCAAAGCCCUGGACAGGAUGAAGGAGGUCAAGAGCAAGUUCCAGGGGGUGCUGGAUGCGUUUGACACCAGCACGAAGGCAGCCAGACAAUGCAACCAGGAUUUUGAGCGGGUCAAAGGCAAGCGCUUCAGACUCUUCAGCCAGUGCUUUGAGCACGUCUCGGUGGUUAUAGACCAGAUCUACAAACAACUGUGCCGGAACAACAGCGCUCAGGCCAUCCUCAGUGCAGAGAAUCCAGAUGAGCCCUACCUGGACGGCAUCAACUACAACUGCGUUGCCCCAGGAAAACGCUUCAUGGCCAUGGAGAACCUUUCGGGAGGAGAGAAGGCUGUUGCCGCCCUGGCUCUGGUCUUCGCCAUUCACAGCUUCCGCCCCGCUCCUUUCUUUGUCCUGGACGAGGUGGAUGCAGCCUUGGACAACACCAACAUUGGCAAGGUGACCAGUUUUAUCAGGGAACAGUCCAGAGAGCGCGUCCAGGUCAUUGUCAUUUCUCUGAAGGAGGAGUUCUUCUGUAGAGCAGAUGCUCUCCUGGGGGUCUACCCGGAGUUCAACGAGUGCAUGUUCAGCCGCGUGCUAACACUGGACCUGAGUCCUUAUCCACUGGAUGGAGAGGACAGUGAGGAGAGAGAGGACAGUGAGGAGAGAGAGGAUGUGAGGAGAGAGUGGACAUGUGAGGAGAGAGCGGACAUGUGAGGGGAGGACAGCCAAAAACAUGCUCCGUGAUGUUAUUGACCUUGACAGUGGACUUGCGUUUUCUACUGCUGGUACCUGCUUCAGUUGAUAGUCAAAAAAAGCAUUCACUUGCAUUAUAUACAUUACAUUGCUUAGGAUUACACUGCUUUAUAUUCAGUUUGUUUGAAUCUGCUUUCCCGUUAUCGGUGGUUCGUGUUGGUCUUGUAAUACAGCAGGGUUCAAUUGCAGUG